AUGCAGAUUUCUGAGGUCAAGGACUAUCUCCAACUGACAGAAGACUCAUAUUCCGAAGAACAAUUCGAUGAUUCGUUUGCUUCAGGCAUCCCAGGCCCAGAGCUUCUCUUUGGCAAUACAAUAUCGGCCCCCAAGUCUGAUCUCAUUGCGGCAUUGCCGGCUCGGCCAGUUGCAGAUCGUUUAAUUUCUCUUUAUUUGAAUUCAAAAGAAUCUACACUUGUUCUCAUGCAUGUACCCACAUUUACAAAAGAGUACGCUCAAUUCUGGAGAACCCCCGAAGAUGUGUCCCCAAACUGGCUGGCAUAUCUUUUCAGUAUUCUAUGUGCAGGGGCAGGACUGCAGUUAUUUUCCACGUCUGGCCGAGCAGACGGAGAGCUCGCCGAGACUUUUGCAGAGUAUCACCGACUCGCGUCGCAAUGCCUUAUCAUGUCCAAUUAUACGUCACCGGGUCGAUAUACCAUGGAAACCCUCAUUCUCAGUGUGGCAAUGGAGAUUCUCAGAAGCACAGAUAAUCAUCUCGGCCCCUCCGUUCUCCUCAGUCUAGCCACGAGGCUAGCUGUUCAUGCAGGGUAUCACAGAGACUCAAAACAUUACCCUGAGAUCUCUGUGUUUGACGGAGAAAUGCGUCGGCGGGUCUGGACAAUUCUCUCUCUGCUUGAUCAUUAUAUCUCGCUCCAAGCCGGUCUGCCACCGACUACAGUACAGACACAAUCUGACACGGAGGAGCCACAGAACUUGACAGAUGAAGACUUAGAUCCGACAGUGACAUCACUGCCUCCUGCGAGACCCUCGACCGAGAAAACUGCUAUCCUCUUCCCGGUGGCACUCAAUAGGAUAAUGUUUGCCGAUGCCGACAUAAUCAGCAAAGUUUGUUCCGUCAAGGGGGUUCCCUACCAAGAAGUUCUUCGCUUGGAUGGAAAGCUCAAAGAGCUCCAUGCAACUAUGCCUCCACCUUUAAAAUUCCGACCCCUGAGUGAAUCUAUCGCAGACUCACCAAACACCAUUAUGGACCGCUACAAUAUCAACCUCAUGUAUCAAAAGGCCCGCUGUGACCUCCAUCGUCGGUAUCUCGCACAGCACCGUCUAGAUCCCGCAUAUGCGUAUUCUCGACGGGACUGUCUAGAUGCCGCCAGGACUGUACUCCAGCAUCAGUCUGAUAUCUUUGAUGCGAGCAGCUCUGGUGGUCAGUUGGGCUACACGUCCUUCUUCUUUUCGCCAAUCGUCGCAGUGCAUUUCCGUUCUGCGGCCAUGAUCAUUUCCUUAGAGAUUUCCUGUCAGUCUCGCUAUGAUCUGAAACAGAAUCUGCCGCCCGAUCAACGAAAAAUAAUCUUGGAGGAGCGAAUGCAGCUUUCUCAAGAAAUUGAGAGAGCAUACAAUAUCUGGAACCAUUUGCGUCAUCAAUCUAAGGAGGCGACUAAAACAGCCGACGCUCUUCAUAUCAUGCUUAAGGUCACGAACAACCACUUGCAGCACGGCGCAACGCCUGAGCAAGUGCAGCCAUUAAGUCCACCCACCGGUUUACCAGUUACAAGCGACGCACCAGGUUACGCAAAUUCAAUUCUCUCGACACCCGUAAUGCUCGAUUACCAACUACCUUCAUCGGUUCUGGAUAACGAACCCAGUCCAUUAGACGUUGAUCUAAUGGAUGCCACAUUCUAUCUGGGACGAGAUUCCAUACCCAGUACCAGUGAUACGCGAUUCGCAGGCUCGAACGGCGUUGUCGAUUUUUAUGAAAAAUAUUGGGAUAAUCUGAUGCUUCUGGGCGGUGAUCAGUCAUUCUUAGAUGUACCUCCAGGUGGUUCAGAUCAGGAGCUGUAG